CGUUGUCAACAACAUAAACACGUGGCUCCACUAACUACGAGCGCAUUAUUAACACAACUCGUUUUAUUCUGUUUGUUGAUCUUUUAGCUCCGUUAUGCAGCUUUGUGGAGUUUGUAGCGAACAUGUUCCUAAAUACAGAUGUCCAGCCUGCAGAAUCAGAUAUUGUUCAGUGAGCUGCUUUAAAAGACACAAAGAUGAUGAUGCAUGUCAUCCAGUUAAAGAAUCAGAUCCAGCCUCCAGCAGCUCAACACCAGUGAGCAACGCUGAAAAGCCGUGGGAUGUCGAGGAUCGUCUUGAUGAAGACAGUCAGACUGACAAAGUGCCAUUAGAGAAACUUCAGCAGCUCGCUGAUUCAGAGGCGUUGAAGGGUCUGUUGAGGAAUCCUCAUCUCCGCCGGUUAAUGAUGUCCGUGGACACUGCUGAAGAUAAAGCCAAAGCCACGAAAGACGCCAUGCAGGAGCCACUGUUCGUGGAGUUUGCUGAUCAGUGCUUAAAAAUUAUUGAACCGACAGAAGCAGAGAAUGAUGAUGAAUUCUGAUUGGAGCGAACUGUCACAUAUCGACCGAUUUUCACUUUUAAAUGUUAAUGCAAUCAUAUAAAAUGUUAUCCUAUA